AUGAGCCUCGCCGACACGCGCAUGCCGCGCGGCCCCACCCCGCCCCCCGACAUCCCGAAGGGCUUCAAAGGCAACGUCUACGCCACGCUCAGGCUGUACACCUACCGCCCGGCCGACGGGCUGCAGUGGGCCGCUGACCUGGUGCAUCUCGACGACGACCCGCUCGCGCCGCUGCGCGCGCUGGGCUCGCGCGACGGCGAGCGCAGAUACCCGCUCCUGUCGGUCAUGGACAUGUCGGACCCGCGCGACGGCAAGGACAAGCACGCGCCGUUUAGCGAUGCGCAGGUCGAGUGCCUCCACGUGCCCGAGGUCGCUAGGUCCAGCCUGCGGGACGACUUUACGGCCGUCAUGAGCGCGGUCAAUGCGUGCCGGGUCGACCGGUUGAGUCUGACGCUCGACCACGAUAACCAGGACGGCAGCGGCGCCGCCGACACCGUCGCGACGCUGGGCGCCUUCUUCGAGCUGCUGGAUAACCCGCACGUGCGGGCCGUCGACGUCCGCGUGGUAGACCGCUCAGCUACGCCCGACCCCGAGUUUUGCGCGUACGCUGGCGCACCGGCGCUCGUGCGGCGCGCGCACGGCCUCACGACGCUCGAGCUCCACAAGGACGUGCUCCAUGGCGUUUCUCGCGCGAUGGACGCCGAGACGGUGGUCGCGAUCGUCGACGCGGUAGGCAAGCACAACAACACGCUGCUCCGCGUGCAUCUCGGCGUGUGCAGCGCAAUCGGGUUCAACUGCGACACGCACUUCUCGUGCUGCUUCGACCUGUCGCGCUUCAGCGACGGGCUGAAGGUCGACGGGCGGUGGGACGAGCUCGCGCGGCUCAGCAGAAUACUCAAGCGCAACGAGACCGAGACGGUGCGCCUGCGCACCGCGGCGAAGAAGGUGCUCGUGCCGGCUAGGAUACUCCUCCGCGGGCGGGCGCGCACGCCGCACGACCCGCCGUCGCCGCUCGACACGGUGCGCGCGCCGCCAAUAGCGCGGCAGCUGCGGUUCCGGCGCGAGUCGGCCAUCCUGACCAACGUGGAUGGCAUCGCCACGUCGUCCCCAGAAGCCAAGGCCAGCCCGCUGCAGCUGCGCCGCAUGUCGGCGACGCUCCUGACGAUGAAGAGCGCGCUCAAGCCAAAACACAAGGCGCCGACGUCGCCCAGGCUCGACGAGUCGCGCCCGUUCCCCAUCCUCGAGCUGCCGGCGAACGUCAUCCGCCUCGUGCUGCAGCAGCUCUCGGCCGACCCCGGCGCGCUGACCAACGCGCAGUGGACGGCCCUGUUAGACCAGGCGCAGGACCCGAGAAGCCUCGGCCUGCUCGCCACGGCAACCCGCGACGCGUCGCACAGCCACAACGCGAUCGUCGACAAGAUGGACAGCCUGAGGAAGAUCUCGAAGGAGAAGUUUAACAAGGCGAUGAACGAUUGGAUGGCGAAUGGGGAGCUGUGGUGGGAGCGGGCGCCUGUCAAGAUUGAGGGGGGGUAG